ACAGGGUAUUUGACUCAGAACCCUUUCCACGAGCGGUAUACGCGACAAAACCGUUACUUCUUUUAGUAUCAAAGUCGCCUAAUUGGAGCAUGUGAUUUGUUGACCAACGCCUCUUGACGCUAAGUAAGGGCACUUUACCUAGUACAGGGGUUCCGUCGGACGUGAAAGACUGCUGUAUAUCCUUCAUCCGUAGGAUUGCGAGAAUAGAAACCCUUGAUAUCUCGUACACAGCGUAAUUCGGAAGCGAUGACGGGCGGUGGUACGAUGAUGGACCGGACCCGACAGCAGACAGUUCUUAAUAAAUUCCAGCUCUUCCCCUAAGGUCUGGCACAAUCCACAAGCCGUCCAUUCGCAUCAGGCGUCCUCUCGUUUUACAUCUACCCGCCAGGCUCUGCGCGUCCGGAGACUCUCCCAUCCACCGCAAGCCGUCCACUCAUUUGGAAGCCGCCUCAGAAACUCCAAAGAUGCAGCUCCUCCUCGCCAUCGUCCUCGCCCUCGUGGCCUGCGCCGACCUCGCCUCCGCCUGGCGCAUGCGCCUGUAUCAGGGCCAGCGGUACACCGGCGCCACCUCCACCAAAGCCGGAAAAGGCCUCCCUGGCUCGGCCUGCCACUCGAUCAACGGCUUCCAGGGUGCGAACCUCGGGGGCAAGUUCAAGUCCUUCAAAUACUGGCCGCACGACCCCAAGUACAACACCGACUGCGGGGUCUAUUUCUACCGCUCGAGCAACUGCAAGACCGGAAGGGGCAGCGGCUACACCGGCUUCUUCCUCUGGGAAUCGACUGGGACUGGCUAUGAGCCGUACUAUUCGAUGAAGACGACGUGCAAGUACGCCAGGCGCAAGAGGUCCGAGAUCGAGGGCCAGGGGAACGCCACGGCGGCCGCGCUGGAGACCAUUGAUGAGGAGUACCUCGCCGACCCGGUGUACUCCGAGGACCUGGAGGGCCCGGACGACUGGGAAACUUCUGACACCGACGAGGGAGAUGAGGAAUGAGAUGCUGGAGCGACCCAUGCGACUCAGCUGCCCAGCAUCGUUGGUCCAGCUCGGCAGAAGGGAUUCAUAUACACCGAAAGUAUUUGGAGCGCCCCGAACUUGGAACUGCAAGCCUAUAUAUUUACUUCUUAG